AUGCUAUUUGGUCGUGGUGGAUAUCCUCGUGGCGGACGUAGAGGUGGCAGAUGUGGAGGUGGAAGCGGUGGUGGUGGAGGCGGGGAAGGUGACAAACCAGAGGGCGGUGAUGAACAUGGGGACAAACUAGAUGGUGAUGACAUACGUGACGGACGUGACAAACCUAAAGACGGCGGAAAACCUGAUGGUUUUGGUCGUGCUGGAUAUCGUCGUGGCGGACGUAGAGGUGGCAGACGUGGAGGUGGAGGCGGUGGUGGUGGAGGCGGGGAAGGUGACAAACCAGAGGGCGGUGAUGAACAUGGGGACAAACCAGAUGGUAAUGACAUAGGUGACGGUCAUGACAAACCUAAAGACGGCGAGAAACCUGAUGGGUUUGGUCGUGGUGGAUAUCCUCGUGGCGGACGUAGAGGUGGCAAUGGAGGCAGACGUGGAGGUGGAGGCGGUGGUGGUGGAGGCGGGGAAGGUGACAAACCAGAGGGCGGUGAUGAACAUGGGGACAAACCAGAUGGUAAUGACAUAGGUGACGGUCAUGACAAACCUAAUAACGGCGGAAAACCUGAUGGUUUUGGUCGUGGUGGAUAUCCUCGUGGCGGACGAAGAGGUUGCAGUGGAGACAAACGUCGAGGUGGAGGCAAAAGAGGUCGCAUUGGUACACCAUACAUUUUGAUUUUAUAUGACAACUACAAAAUAAUCAGUGGGUGA